UUGUUAGUGUGAUUAAUGAAGGGGUGGAGCCGACGGACAGAUUUCCACUUUCUAAUCUGAUGUCUGUGGCCAUGUUUCAGUUGCUGUUUUGUGCUCUAACUUUUGUGGCAUAUCUCAAAGAUGUUAACUGCAGUCCUAUCCAGGGAGGUGAUACAGAUUGGCUCACUAGGACUUUACAUUACAUGGAGAAAAACCCAGAGACUGGGCAAGAGCUGACAAACAGUAGUGAUGUCUUGGAGGGUGACAUUUUAAUUCCAUCUUACCGGAAUGUUGUGGGUGCCACAUGGCCAGGAGUGGACAUACCAUAUCUCAUCAGUCCAGAAAUAGAGAGCAGGAGAGAUGAUAUCCUGUCGGCCAUGGUGAUGCUGUCAGAGCAUACCUGUCUCUCCUUCCACAGUCGCACCAAUGAACCAGAUUACCUGCACUUCAUCAACAGCCAGGGCUGUGCGUCAUACGUGGGCUUCAUUGGCGGAGUGCAACCUGUGUUUGUUGCGCCAGCCUGCAGAGUGGGCAACAUCUGUCAUGAAAUUCUUCACGCUCUGGGCUUCCAUCAUGAACACACACGGGCAGACCGUGGACAAUACAUCUCAAUACUUUACCAAAACAUUAUGAAAGGAAAGAAGAGGAACUUCCAAGUGCAGAAUGGCAACACCUUCAAUCUGUCUUAUGACCUCACUUCGAUCCUGCACUAUGGAAGGCACUUUUUCUCAGUGAAUAACCUGCCCACCAUCAUGUCCAAGAAAAAUGAGAAGGCAAUGGGACAGAGGACUUACAUGUCAAAGCUGGACAUUCAGAGGGUUCGCAUACUCUACAACUGUGAUGCUAAAGAAAAUCAGACAGCAGGUGACUGGAGCCAACAAAAUGGACCUAGACAUGCCAACGCUGGAAGGCAGAAUGAUAAUACUACACAUCAUUUACCCGAAACAAGACAGGACUCAAGACAAAACAGCACUGAGAGUGCUUCCAGACAUGUUAGCGGGUCGUCUGCCACCAACACCACCAGUGGAUUCAACCAGGAUGACAUCUCCACCAGUCCUCUGCUCAACUCAAACACUACCUCUGAAUCUCAUCCUUCCAGGAUGUAGCAAAGGAACACUACCACUAGAGGGCACAAUAACAUAUGCACAGUGAAAGCAGCUGCCCAGAGUUGAACAAGAGUCCUAUUGGCAUUACUGCAGAACUCUUUAAACAAAUACCUCAGGCAAGUACAAAUGUUUUCAGAUUUAAGUAUACCUUGUAUAGAGACACUCGACAACGUUAAUGCAUUUUGCAUCAUACUGCGACAGGUUUGAGGCUUCCCUUGUACCCGUCAUCACUGCAGAAUCCAUGCUGUUUGACCUGUAAUAAUAAAGCUUAUUCUGUUGGUUGAA